AUGGAUGAUUUCAUGAUCCACUGUAACGGGGGAGAAACCACCACUCCUGCUCAACUUUUGUCGAUGUUUAGAGCUGGACUAAGAGAAAAUCUGCGGAAUGAGCUUUUUGCCAGAGGAGUGAGCACUUUUGAAGCUGCCUAUAAUAUUGUACUAGAUUUAGAAGAAUCUAGGAGCCACACCUCUAGAAACCAAGAUCCUCGUCCUAACCCGUUCAAAUCCUCCUCUAGCCAACUUUACAACAAACCCACUGGACUCCUGAGUAGUCUGCCUUCUCUUGGCCAAACCCAAUCUCGUCCGGACUAUAAAGGUAAAGCAUCAGAAUGGGAAACACCCAAAACCCUUGUAGGCACUAAGUGUUUUAGAUGCCAUGGGUAUAGAAACAUUGCCUCCCAAUGUUCCAGCCUGUUUAAGGUUACCAUAAUUAAAGAAGUCAUGGAAGAAGAGGAUGAACCGGAUACUGAACUAGUUCAUCACAUUGAUGACGAUGAAGAAUUUUUCUGCGAUGAAGAUACUGCCGUGAUCCACUGCCUCCAAAAAUUGGAUCACUUAGACCUACAAGUCGUUAGGUGUGCCUUCUCACAACCUAAGCUAAGCGACGACUGGCGAAGAACCUCGAUCUUCUACACUUUUACCAAGAUCAGAGAUAAGAAUUGCAAAGUCAUAAUCGACAGUGGAUGUUGUGUAAACGCUGUGUUGUCUGUGAUGGUUUCUAAACUCCACUUGAAAGCCACACCACACCCAAACCCCUACAAAGUCGCUUGGAUCAAUUCUUCCACCUUGCAGGUGAAAGAUAGGAGUCUCGUUUCUAUUGAGUUCGUUGGAUAUAAAGAGAAAAUCUGGUGUGAUGUGUUGAAUAUGGAUGUUGGCCAAAUAAUCCUUGGUUGCCCCUGGUUGUUCAAUAACGAUGUGCACAUUUAUGGCCGAUCUAACACCUGCGUAUUUGAACACGAGGGCAAGAAAAUUAAACUCCUACCCACCCAUCCCAAGUCCACCAAGGAGGACAUCAAGCCCAACUCCCUUAAACCCAGCUCGGGCCUGAACUUAUUAACUGCUAAAGACUUGGGUACAAAACUAGAAUCAGGAGCCACUCUCUAUGCCUUAGUAGCUCGGGAAGUGAGUGUGACCCAAGAAGAGCCGGUCCCUGAGGAAGUAAGAGAACUCUUGGAAACUUUUGCCGACGUCUUCCCAGAAGAUCUCUCCCACCAACUGCCACCUUUAAGUGACAUUCAACACGCUAUUGACCUAGUGCUCGGGGCUUCGUUACCAAAUUUGCCCUAUUACCGAAUGAACCCUGCUGAGCAUGAGGAGUUUAAGAAACAAGUGGAUGAGUUGUUACAAGGCGGUUUCAUUAAGGAGAGUCUUAGCCUGUGUGUUGUUCCCGUCCUUCUUACCCCUAAGAAGGAUGGGUCGUGGAGAAUGUGUGUUGAUAGCCGCGCUAUCAACAAAAUCACGGUCAAGUAUCGCUUCCCAAUCUCUCGGUUAGAUGACAUGCUAGAUAUGAUGACCGGGGCCACACUUUUUUCUAAGAUCGAUCUUAAAAGUGGCUAUCACCAAAUUAGGAUCCGCCUGGGGGACGAAUGGAAGACCGCGUUCAAAACUAAAGAUGGUUUAUACGAAUGGACUAUGAUGCCUUUUGGCCUUAGCAAUGCUCCAAUGGGACCGAUAACUGAUUGUUUGAAGAAAGGAGAAUUUCACUGGACGGCAUCUGCCUCUAAGGCUUUUGAGGAGAUAAAGAAAAAAAUGGUUGAAGCACCAGUCAUGCGACUGCCGGAUUUUUCUAAGGUUUUUGAAGUGACGUGUGAUGCAUCUGGCAUAUGCAUAGGAGUAUUAUCUCAAGAGGGACACCCGGUUGCCUACUUUAGUGAAAAGUUAAAUGACAUUAGGCAACGCUACUCUACUUAUGAUAAAGAAUUUUACGCCAUUGUUCAAUCCCUCAGAUACUGGAGACACUACCUGUUUCCCCAAGAAUCUGUCAUUUUCUCUGACCAUGAAGCCCUGCGAUAUAUAAACUCUCAAAAGAAACUGAAUGCACGUCAUGGUCGGUGGGUUGAAUUUUUGCAAGAGUACACUUACACGAUUAGGCACAAAGCGGGAUCUGAGAAUAAGGCGCUUCCGAUGCACUAA